AUGCAGAUCCAAUCCGCCCUCAUCUCCCUCACCCUCGUCGCCGGCACGGCCUCGGCCUACGAGCACGUCUACACCAACGGCACCUUCACCAUCACAAAGGUCUGGGACGCUGUCACGACCUACUGCCCCCAGCCCACCACCCUCUGCUUCAACAACCGCACCUACACCAUUGAGCAGCCCACCACCUUCAUCAUCCCUGACUGCCCCUGCACCCAGACCUACACCACCAACCAGUGCUCCGAGUGCCAAACCCCAACCGGCUACGUCGUCCCCAACCCCCCGGCCCAAACCGGCACCGGCGACGUGCCCCCCGCCGUCCCCACCCAGACCGGCCUCAUCACCUGCCCCGGCAGCCCCUACUGCCCCCCCGGCGCCUCGGGUUCCAUCGCGCCCCCCGCUCAGACCGGCAGUGCCGGCCUCGUCUGCCCUGGUAGCCCCGACUGCCCUCCCGCUGCCUCUGGCGGCUCUGGCGGUGCGUCCGGCGGUGCUGGUGGUGCUGGUGGUGCUGGUGGAUCCGGCGGUGCCGCUACCCCCAGCCAGACCGGCGCCCUCGUCUGCCCCGGCAGCCCCAACUGCCCCGCCACCGGCUCCAGCACCGCCGCGGGCGGCGCAGGCGGCAGCGGCGGCGCCAAGCCUUCCACCGUCAUCGUCGCCGGUGCCGAGAAGAACGUCGCUGCUGCUGGCGUUGCUCUCGUUGCUGGCUUCGUUGCCGUUUUGGCUCUGUAA